AUGGAGGCGGCGGGAGAGGGGAGGAAGCUCCAUCACCACGCCGGCGGCGGCAGGGCGCAGAUGGAGGCGAGCCCGGAGCGCGGCAGGCCGGCGUACGCGUCGGCGGUGACGGCGAGGUCCGCGCCGGCGAGGCCCAUGAGGCGGGUGCAGAUCAUCUACUACCUCUGCCGCAGCGGCCAGCUCGAGCACCCGCACUUCAUGGAGCUCGCGCAGUUUCCCCACCAGCCGCUCCGCCUCAAAGAUGUGAUGGACAAGCUGACGCUGCUGAGGGGGAAAGGCAUGCCCGCUCUCUUCUCAUGGUCUUGCAAGAGGAACUACAAGAACGGCUACGUGUGGAACGACCUCUCGGAGAGCGACGUGAUAUAUCCGUCCGACGGCGUGGAGUACGUCCUCAAGGGCUCCGAGAUCUUCCCCGGCUGUUCUUCCGCCGUUGCAGGGGAGCGGUUCCAGCACCUCCGCGUGACGGACAGGUCGCCGACCAAGCCCCCGCUGGCCCUCCCGCACAGCCACAAGCAGUACGUGGACGCCUACCGGGACGACGCCGGCGAGGACCCCGAGGACGACGAGCUCGGGUACCCGUACCACCGGCGUGCCGCCGCGGCUAGGCUGGGCGGGCCGAACAAGCCCGUCUCGGCCCGCACCAACCGUGGCCACCCCGUGGAGCUGCCCGUCGAGGAGACCUCGCCGCCGUCCUCGACGUCCUCCGACAAGCCGCCGCCGCCGCAGCAGGCGGGCCGCUGCGACGAGGCCGAGCCGAACAGGACCGGGUCGAUGCUCCUGCAGCUCAUCGCGUGCGGGGCGGUCACCGCCGGUCCGGCCAAGUGCGGCGGCCGGGCCGAUCCGAGGCGGACCGCAUGGGGGCGGAGGAGAAGGAGUACUUCAGCGGCAGCAUCAUCGUGGACAGCGGCGGCAGGGGCACCCCGCUGCCUGCUUCCUCGCUCAAACGCUCCAACUCGUACACCGAGGAGAGGUAAUCAGCUUUGCUUGGUCAUGUCAUGUGAACGUAGCCCACGAGGUUCGGUCUUUAGCCGUGGCAGGGCACGGAGGUCAAAAGAUGAACAUGCACGUCCUUGGGGCUCGAGGCUUGGCGCGGGGGUGAUCGGCGAGGGGACGGCGGAUGGGCGCAUCGGAGGGGAGGAGGGGAUGAUGAGGGGAAGGUGCAUCCCGGGCAGGAAGAGGCAGCCGCAGCACCAGAAAUAG